UAUGAACAAGGAAGCUUGUUUCCUUAACCACUGCUAUACUUUCUUUAAAAACUCUCUGUUGCUCUUUCUCUCUCAUGGCUUCUUCUUCUUCUUCUUCUUCUUUUUCUUCGUCUCAGGUGAAGAGUCUUCAUGUAUUUCCGAGCUUCCACGGCCCAGAUGUUCGUAAAGGAUUCCUCAGUCAUUUACACGAUCUCUUUGCAAGGAAAGAGAUCACGAUUUUCAAGGAUCAGGAGAUCGAGAGAGGCCAAACGAUCGGAUCUGAACUCGUGAAAGCCAUUAGAGAAGCGAGACUGUCCAUCGUUUUGCUCUCGAAGAACUACGCUUCUUCGAGCUGGUGUUUGGACGAACUGGUGGAAAUCUUGAAGUGCAGAGAAGUUCAGGGGCAGAUUGUGAUGCCCAUUUUCUACGAUGUUGAUCCGUCGCAUGUACGUAAACAAAGAGGUGACUUCGGGAUCGCUUUUGAGAAAACCUGUGAAGGUGAAACAGAGGAAGUGAAACAGAGAUGGGUCGAAGCUUUGACAUGUGUAGCAACCAUAGCUGGAGAACACUCUCGUAACUGGACUGAUGAAGCUGAGAUGGUGGAAAAGCUUUCCACAGAUGUCUCGAACAAACUGAGAAUGGAAGAGAUUAAGAAAUUCUUUAGGGAAGCCGAUGUGGACCAGAAUGGUUUCAUAACUGCAGCAGAGCUUCGAUAUGUGUUGACAAAAGAUGGGAAGGAAUUUACCGAUGAGAAAGUUCGUCAUCUCAUUCGAGUAGCUGAUGUUGAUGGCGAUGGUCAGAUCAACUAUGAUGAAUUUGCCAAACUCAGCAUGGAUUUGAUGACUGAUGAAGAUGCUGCGCUCGAAAAGUUUUCAACAGAUUUAGUGAAUAAACUGAGAUUGGAAGAGUUUAGGGAAUGCGAUGUAGACCAGAAUGGUUACAUAACUGCAGCAGAGUUUCGAUAUGUGAUGACAAAAGAUGGGAAGGAAUUUACCGAUAAGCAAGUUCGUGAUUUCAUCCGAGCAUUUGAUGUUGAUGGCGAUGGUCAGAUCAACUAUGAUGAAUUUGCCAAAUUCAUGGCUAUGGAGGCUGAUGAAGAAGCUGCGAUGGUUCGAAAGUUUGCCACAGAUGUUACACUGUCGAGGGAGGAAGAGAAAGCAAUUAAGGAAUUAUUUACGGGUUUAGAUGUAGACCAGAAUGGUUUCAUAACUGCAGCAGAGUUUCAAUAUGUGAUGAAAAAUAGUGGGAGCAAACUAACCGAUAAGGAAAUUCGUAAUUUCUUCCGAAGAGCUGAUGUUGAUGGCGAUGGUCAUCUCAACUACGAUGAAUUCGUCAAAGUCAAGAUGGCUGAGUGAGACAUUCUUAACCCUUUAUAGAUAAAGCCUUUGUUUAUAAUAAGGAGGAGGGCUGAUGAGGAAGCUGCGAGGGUCGAAAAGACUGCAACAGAUGUCUUGAACAAAGUGAAUAAAUUCGUCAAAUUCAUGGUGAAAGCUUUUAUCUUGAAGAAAAAAGAAUAACGAUUUACGAAUGUCUAAGUAAAUUUUCAUCAUGACUUGAACCUGGCUGUCUUCUUUAGGACAUGUUUUUACUUCUUUAAUUUCCACCUUCUAUUUGGUUGCUUUGUUAAGCUCUUCAAUUAAUGUUAUGUCAAGUAUGAACUCAUGUUUUGCUCAUCUUGUGACAUUUGAUUUUCUCUCUUUGUUUUUUUGUU